AAUGUUUACCUUAAAAAAUACUUCAAACUCAACGCUUCUGUGUGGACCACUCACUCAUGCCAGAUCAUUUUUAUUUGAAGCUGCCAUGCACUGGGCCGAAAAUGGCAAUCAAGUUUUUUACAUCACAGCAAGUCCAUUGAAAUCUUUUCCAGCUCAAUAUCAUGACCGUGAAGAUGUGCCUCCAGCAGUAUAUAAUAUGAUUAAAUUUAUAUAUCUUGAAAACUAUGAAGCAUUGGCAGAACAACUAGUAGAAUUGCACAGCUUUACGAAACUUCCAUCGUUAAUUUUGCUAGAUCAUCUCGAUACUUACAUCAAAGAUGUGGUAAAUAGUGAACUCAAAGACAUGCACAUCGCCAAGUUGUGCGCUAUUUUACAUGAUUCAGUAAAUGCUUGUGCCAGAAUUAAAAAAUCUAAAGUAUUUUUAUGUGCCUCAGUAAGCGGUAGCAGUAUACAAAAUACUCCUUAUUCUUUGUACUUUGAUAAUAUUUGGUAUCUAAAUGCUGAUAAAAACGCUGAUGAAAUAAUAAUCAAGUUGACCGAAGCAUCAAUUAGCCCCGAAACUGAAGUAAAAGAAACAAAAACUUUCGAGUAUAGAAAAUUUCGGGAUAAAACACUUAUUCUUAACAAAGUAUUUAAUUUAAGUUAAAUUUAAAUGAAUUGUUUGUAAUUUUUGUUAAUAAAUUUAAAAAGUGUAAGUUAAUAAAAUUUGGUUUAUUUUUUAAACUGACUGUGAGUUAAUAGAAAAUACUAUUAGUCAUAAAAUAAAUAUUGAUUAAAGUAUCAGUAGUUUUAUCAUAAAAUGUCAUCUAAAAAUUGCAUUUUGUUGUGCAAUCUACAUUGAUGUAAAAAAAAUUACAUUGUAUUGUGAAAUUGUACAACAUAGAUUUUAGUCUUAUUUUCGGACAAUUAACAUCAAUAAAUCAGUGAUUGAUAUAUAUUAUACGAAUAAUUAAAUUAUACUCCUAUGUACUAUAAAAUUACUGUCAUUGUACGCUCUGACACCUGAUGAAUGUAUUAUAUUUAUUAUAUUAAAUGACUGUUUAUGGCGUGAGCUGUCGGGUCUAUGUAAAGUAAAUAAAUUGCAAAUGAUGUAAAAAAUUUAUAUUAAAUUGUGCAAUCGUGAUUGAUGUAAAAAAAUUAUUCU